AUGGCGGAGGGGCAGGUUCUAGAGUUGGAUCUUCAAGGUCAUCUUCUGGGCUCUCUGGUGGUCAUUACGGCCAAGCAGGUACUCCUGGGCUGGAAGGUGGUGGUUGUAUGCUGUGAGGGCAUCAACAUUUCUAGAAAUUUCUACAGAAACAAGCUCAAGUUAUUUGGCCUUUCUCCGGAAGCGGAGUACACCAACCACUCUUGGUGUACUCUGCGAGGCACGCUGCCCAACAAGACCAAGAGAUGCCAGGCUGCCCUGGACUGGCUCCAGGUGUUGGAUAAACACCCCCCACACCAUGACAAGAAAAAGAGGAUGGUGAUCCUUGUGGCCCUCAAGGUUGUGCAGCUGAAGCCUACCAGAAAAUUAGCUUUCCUGGGGUGUCUGGCUCAUGAGGUUGGUUGGAAGGACCAGGCAGUGACAGCUGCUCUUGAAGAGAAAGAACAGCCAACCAAGAUCCACUAUCGGAAGAAGCAGCAGCUCUUGAGGCUACAAAAACACGCAGAGAAGAACCUGGAGAAGAAAAUCAGCAGGUUCACAGAGGGCCUCAAGACCAAAGGACUCCUGGUGUGA